AUGAACUCUGGAAAACUCUACCUCGUCGGUCUCGGGCCCGGUGACGCCGGCCACCUGACGCCGGCCGCCGCCGCCGCUAUCGCCGACAGCGAUGAGUUGGUCGGCUACCACUAUUACAUCGAGCAGGUGGCGGAACCGGCCGCCGGCAAGACGCUGCACAGCAUGGAACUAGGUCAGGAACUGGAACGCGCGGCCCUGGCCGUAGACAUUGCCUACUCGGGCAAAACGGUGGCGGUGGUCUCGUCCGGCGACGCCGGCAUUUACGGCAUGGCCGGGCCCGUGUACCGCGUCCUCACCGACCGCGACUGGGACGGCGCCGAACCCGAAGUGGAGUCGGUGCCCGGGGUGUCCGCCCUGCAAUCGGCGGCCGCGCUCCUCGGCUCACCCCUGAUGCAGGACUUUUGCGCCAUCAGCCUCAGCAACCUGCUCACCCCGUGGGAGCAGAUCCGACGCCGACUGGAGGCCGCCGCCGCCGGCGAUUUCGUGGCCGCGCUCUAUAAUCCGCGCAGCCGUCGGAGGACCAGCCAGCUCGACGAGGCUCGCGAGAUCUUCCUGGGGCAUCGGGCUCCCGGCACCCCGGUGGGCAUCGUCCGGCACGCCUACCGGCCCGAGCAGGCCGUCGCCCUGGCCGACCUCGGGGGGCUGGACGGCGCCGCCCUGGGCGUCGACAUGUUCACCACCGUGGUCAUCGGCAACUCCAACACCUAUGUUCACAACGGGCGCAUGGUCACCCCCCGGGGAUACGAGGUGAAACAGUAG